AUGCUGAAGAUCUUUAUCCUUUUCACUUUACUUUACAUCAUCAGUACUAAUGGUAAGAAAAAGUCCAAUUCUAUGACGUUUCUAAAUAUGUUUUACUAAUUUAUGUCUAAUUCUUGUCUUUUUCAUAUACAAAAUCUGCACAGUAAUUUUUAGGGAGUUAUUAUAACUCCAAAAAUGGAGUAAAAAUUUUAGGUACAGGAUAACCCCUUUUGGGGGGUUACUUUAACUCCUAAUUUAACUCCAAAUUUGGGGUAAUUUUUACUUCUCAAAAAGAGUUCUUUUUACUCCCAGUCUGGAGUUAAAAUAACUCCAUAAAUGGUGUUAUUUUUACUCGUUACAUGGGUUGUUUUUACUUUUUUUGGAAUUACUUUAACUCUGAAAGUGGGGUAAAAAUUUUAGGUACAGGAUAACUCCUCUUUUGGGGUUAUUUUAACUCCUCGAUAUCUAGGGUCAUUUUUACCCCUGAAAAAGAGUUCUUUAAACUCCUUGGAGUUACAAUGACUCCCAAAAAAUAACUCCACUGUAAGGAGUUAAAUUAACCCCACUAGAUGAGUUAUUAUAACUCCUUAAAAAUUACUGUGUGAUAAGCGACAUUUUUGCGCAUGUAGUAUAGUAGGAAACUGUUAGAUCCCUUUUUUACGCAAGAUUCUCAUCAACUUGCACACGACUAUAUUAACGCCGAUGACGUCACGGCCCUUUGUAUGACAAUAGAUUGUCUGCGAUGGACAAUGGAAUCGGCAAGACAUAGAACUUGCAUGAUUAUGUUACGGCUCAUUGAAUUUUAAGUCACAGUUGAGUUAGCGGUUAUUCCUUCUACAAUCAACAAAUAAAUACUUUUGUAAGUUUUUAGUCUAAGAAUGGAAUAGACCUAUAUAUAACUUAUGUAAAUGAGAUUCCACCGCAUUGUAUUCUCGGGAUAAAGACUAUUUUUUAAGGGGCCGUGACGCUACAGGCGUUAACCCUUUCACUGCCAGGAUAAAAGAAGGAGUCUCGUAAACUGGUUUUAACUUUCGAAUCUGUGGACGAAAUCCUGCGGUGUGACCAUUCAAAUGAAACCUCUCUGUCAGUACUUUCACAUUGUAUUAUUAAUCUGAUUUUACAGCAUUUUACCAAAAUACAAUUGGAGAUUUUGUUGAAAUUUGACUUUGGCCACUUUUGGCAGUGAAAGGGUUAAUUAUUCUUGAGCAAGUUAGUAAGAUUCCUGCCCAAAAUAUGGGGUUCAACUGGUCCUUUCUAUACUACUCACAUUAUCUUGCACAAGUUCUAAAUAGGGAAUACGACAAUUAAUCUUAAUUUCUGUUCUAUUUCAGCUGAUUCAACCCCUUGUAACAAAGACAUUGGAAUCCUUAUCGACACGUCACUAAGUAUUCCUCAAAGGAAACUUGAGGUUUUUUUGGAAACGUUUUUAAAGCCAUUCUAUGCCAAAUUCGAAAUAUCAGCGCAAAAAACCCAGUUUGGUUUGAUAACCUUCGACAAAUACAGUCGUUUGAGGUUCACGUUGGCAGAAAACGUCAGUACUAUCGAACCAGUUAGACAGUUCAUAACAAGAAUCGACCUAGCCCUGCUAAAAGCCAAAAACGAGCUGUUUACUUUAAGUGCAGGAGUAAGAGAAGAUAAGCAAAAUGUGUUACUCGUGUUCACGGAUGGGAGGCCAUUUCCACCAGAAACGUUCCUUCUUUUCAACAAAUCUUUACCUUUUUUAAGGGUAAGAGAUGUGAUUUUUCUUCUCGAAAGAAACCAACCAACCAACCAACUAACCAGCCGCAUUACGUCAACAAACUAAUCUAAAAACAUAUUAAUAGGCCACUUGCACUAAGAGGUCACGUGACCAAUGCUUCCUUUAAACAAUGAGUUGGAAUCUUACAGAUGCCAAAAAUUGACAGAGCAUAUAAAAUGUAUCUUACACCCGAAAUUUGAGAGGAAACGAACUUUAGGGAGAUAUUUUAUGACACUUUGAUUUUUCAGCAAAGUAUUAUGAUUUGUAUUGGCCGCCAUGUUGGGGGUCAUACUCUUGCCCUCCAACAUGGCGGCCAAAACCACUUUUUGCUUAUAUCCUGUUAAACGUUUGAUAGUUACGCUCAGAUGUGUUGUAAACGUUGCCACAUCAUUUUCCUUGAAGUUUAAGUGCAAAAUUUGUGUUCAGAAAGAGGCAAUUCAUAAUUUUACAAUUUUGUCUAAGUGACCGGCUACGAACUUACUCAUUUUAAGAAAAUGGUGCAGGUUUGAAAAACCAAAUCACUAUUAUUUUGUUUAAGAUACGACCCAUUAAUCGUUUUACGAAAGCAAAAUCAUUUAACUUUCAUUGUCAUAAAGACAAUGUCACAUGACCUGUUAUGGCAAAUGGCCUAUUACAAUAUCUCUAUUUAAAAAGGUUUUUAGAUUUGUUAGAGGACCUAAAAUGGCUAAACGAUUUUUAUGACUGUCAAAAAAUGCAAAAAAAAAAACUUCUGGUUUAGCGAUGUAGGUGUAAUUUGUCAUUAGAAGGUAUACCAAACGGAUAACUUUUCUGUUAAAAGGGAUACACCCAAUUGCAAAAACGUUGUCAUAGAAAAGUGAAAAAAAGGAAAAAGCCAAAUAGCAAUUAAUUCAGCUAAUUUAGCCACGUUCUCAUGGUGGAUUCAUUUGCAGCCGUUACAUUUCUCCGCUGGAUUUUCAGCUUUAAAACAAUAGCAAAUUCCAACAGGCAAAUACGACGUCCAGGUGCAGAUGCUGCAAAUGAAUUCAUUAGGCUUAUCAGCCUAUUUUAUUCCUAUUUGGCUUUUUUUUUCAUUUUUCUAAGACAACGUUAUUGCAAUUAGGUGUAUGUCAAAAGAAAAGGGGUAGACUUUAGGGCGUAGCCUGCAAGUAUCAAACUAUGUUUAGUGCCUCCCCCCGCCCAGGUGAGAAUUAUACCUCCUUUCUGUGAUUAUGUAGAGUGAAUAGUUAAAAUUGAAGGCACCACUUCUUAUUACCAGUGUUUUUUUUCGCAGGCGCAAAACGUUAGUAUAUUUGCUGUCGGUUACGGAAUAGAAGCUCAGAUUAAUACAACAGUGCUUAGGGAAAUAGGAGGAGACAAUGUAUUGAUCAUGUAUGAAGACAAAACCUUAGGAUAUACACCCUUUGUCGAUCCAAUAAAGAAAAUGGUUUGCAGUAAGUCAAUAUUUCCUCAAGUCAGUUGCCUUCCUUAUAAUUGAUUUCACUUCUAGUUCAUGGUUAUGAUUGUUAUAGUUAUAACUAUGAUUAUGAUUAAGAUUAUUAUUUUAUCACCAUCAUCGUUAACAUCAUCAUCAUCAUCAUCACUGUAUCAUUAUACUAUAUCGUCAUCGUUACUACUGCAAUUAGAAAAUAGAGUCUUGCAUGCCUUUGUUAUUAACUUUGUCGGUGUGAUUUUCAAGUUAUCUCUGGCAGGCGGGGUUAGGAGAAGCUUUGAGUUCAGAAUCAGCUUGAGGCGUCUAUUCUUAUUAUUACUAUUUCUGUUAGUAUUAUUAUUAUUAUCAUUAUUAUUAUUAUUAUUAUUAUUAUUAUUAUUAUUAUUAUUAUUAUUAUUAUUAUUAUUUUAUUUCUUACUACAGGCGACCUGACAUCGACCCAUGGUAAUCCACAGUGGUCCGAAUGGAGUCAGUGUAGUGUUACUUGUGGCUCUGGAACACAGUCACGCAAUAGACCCUGCAUAAAUGGAAUUUGUUCUGAAACUCGAACUUGUGAACAGGACCCUUGCCUUAAUGGUGAGUGUGAAAUUUAA